AUGGGCGACGACACCGCUCGCAUCCUGCACUUCGAGCCGCCGCCCACCAAGGUGACGCGGGUGCGCCCGCAGCUCUCAUGCAUUCCGUGCCGCCAAGGCAAGCUCAAAUGCAACCGCCAGCACCCGGCCUGCGACCAGUGCGUGAAGCGCUCGCGCGAGGCUCACUGCACCUAUGUGCCGCCCCCGCCCAAGGACCGCACCCGCAAGGCCAAGGACAUGCGCGGCCGCAUCCGCCACCUCGAGAGCCUCGUUGUCGAUCUGAUGAACGGCAAGGACCCGCGCGCGCUAGCUCUCAACCCCCAGGACCCUCAGCAAUCCUCCUCGCGCCGCCUGCCUACUCCCGAUCAGCCCUCUCCUGAACACCCUACCGCCUCCGACGGCCCGAAAACCCACUCUAGCUCCGGCGACGAUGAUCUCAGCUUCCCUAGCGCCUUCGGCGCCCUAAAGAUCAGCGACGAGGAAACCACCUACAUGGGCGGCUCCCACUGGAUGACCGUCCUGAACGAUAUCAAAGAGGUGAAAAGCUUCCUGGCCCUGGAGGAAGAGGACGAGCAGGAGUCGGAGAAGCCCGAGAGCGAGCAGGACACGGAGCUCCCCCACCGCCACACGCUCAUUGUCGGCUCGCCCAAGCCAUUGAGCAAGCGAGAACUCCUGCAGAACUUGCCCCCGAAGGCCGACGUCGACAGGCUUGUCCUCCUUUACCUUCGGGGCGGAGAUCCAACCUCCGUCAUGUUCCAUGAGCCGUCCUUCCGGCUCGAGUACGAGCGCCACUGGCAGAACCCGUCGGCCGCGCCAACCAUCUGGAUUGCCCUCAUGUACGGCAUUCUAUGUCUGUCCUCCAUCUUCUCUUUGCGCGUGCCCACCAGCGGAAUGCACCCUCAAUCGCCAGAAGCAGUCCUCAAGCAAGCGGCGAAAUACCACGACCUCUGUGCGUCUGCUGCCGUGCUCGGCGACUUUUCCAGACCGAAGCCGUGGUCAUUGGAGACGGUGAUGCUCUACGCCGCGGCCGAAUUCCUUUCCGGCAGCCGGGGUGGAGGAAGUCCGACGGAUGUUUGGCACAUCUUCGGGACCGUCAUUCGAAUAGCCCUGAGAAUGGGUUACCACAGAGACCCGAGCCACUAUGGCAUCAGUCCGUUCCAUGGCGAGAUGCGGAGGCGGACCUGGUACCUCAUUUACGGCUUGGAUGUUCUGCUGGGCUUCUCUCUGGGCAUGCCUUCGAUCGCCCGAGGAUUCCAAAGCGACACGAGGCUGCCCCGCAACCUUCACAGCGAAGAUCUGUCGCCAGACAUGACGGACUUGCCCCCGGAGAGGCCUGACUCUGAGUUAACCAUCAUUCUAUACACGAUUGCAAAGGCAAAACUUCUCUCUGUCUUUGCUCCCGCAGCUGAUGCGGCACACUCGGUCACACCGCCGACUUACCCCGAGAUCAUGGAUUUGGACCAAAAGCUGGAGGAAAUCCACUCGGAGAUGCCAUUGGCUUACAAGAUGAAGCCUUUGGAGGAAUCGGCGGGUGAGACGCCAGAUGUCAUCAUGAACCGAUUGAACUUGGAACUCCUGUACCAAAAGACGCGCUGUGUCCUGCACCGCACCUAUCUGGCAAAGGCACACAACGAUUCUCGCUAUGAGCAUUCGAGAAAAGCGUGUCUGGAGGCAUCCUUGGCACUUCUUGAGCUGCAAGCCAUGAUUUACCGGGCAUGCCAGCCUGGGGGUCUUCUGGUGCGUUGUAGUUGGUACUACGGGUCCUUGACAAGCCACGACUUCCUCCUUGCCGCCAUGCUACUUUGCCUGGAAAUCAACCUGAAUCGCGAAAAGAGGAUGCAAGACUCCGAAAGCUAUUGCGAAGGGCCGUUCUCGUGUGCAGAAAUGUUCAGGGCUCUGGAAAACGCGACACACAUCUGGGAUUCUUACGGGGACAAUUUGAUCGAUGCCAAUGACACCAAAAAAGCUGCCAGAGCUUUCCGUCAUAUCCUGGCGAAGCUGAAGGCGACUCCAGCAGAGUUUGGCAUGCAACAGGAGCGCGUGAACGGGGAGAUGCCUCAGCAAUUCACUACACUUCCCCAGCAAUACAGUCAGCCGCCGGUCGUCCCAUCCAACGGCCCUGGGAUCGCGUACUUGCCUGCGCAGACAGCAGCACCGGUCGCCACUCAGGGCUACAGUGUAGCUCCUGUUGAACCUAUUCCUCUCGAGGGCAUGUUGGAGAUGCCACCGUUUGACAUCAACUGGGAUGUAUGGGACAAGAGUGUACUUCCCUACGACGAGUACAUGCAACAUGAACCACAGCAGUGGCCGGUUCCUCAGCAGCCUCCCAAUAUUGGCGGUCCAUCGGGCUACCCUCCCGGAUACCUCCAUGGCAUGCCGUACCCGUACCAGCAUCAGUAG